GCACAAACAAGGUUUCUGCCAACGCAGUCGGCGUUUCCCGAGCAUCUAAGGUUAGGGUUUCACAGAGGUCAACCGAGUCCGAAGGUGUUGCACAUCUUCACCUUACUUUGCAGUUCGGUAUCUAACCAUGGCCCGCAAUGAAGAGAAAGCACAGUCGAUGCUGUACCGUUUCCGAGAGGCUCAAGCAGCUGAACUCGGUCUCGGGACGCGCGCUGAUCGUCGCCCAAAGAUGGCGAGCGCAUGUAAAAGCCUAAGGGAGUGUGAACGGUGGAGAGGAGAAAUUCUGAGGGAGCUAAGUCGAAAAGUAUCCAAGAUUCAGGAUGCUGGUUUGACCGACUACGAAGUUCGAGAUGUGAACGAUGACAUUAACAAGUUGAUGCGGGAGAAGCGACAUUGGGAGAACCAGAUUAUUGCGCUGGGAGGUGCCAACUAUCGCCGGAAUGUAGCUAUGCUUGACGAUGAUGGCAAGGAGGUACCUGGGACGAAAGGUUACAAGUACUUUGGCCGCGCGAAAGAUCUCCCAGGUGUGCGCGAACUUUUCCAGAGCAAGAAGAAAGAAGAGGAAGAAGAGAAUCAAGCUCUUGCCUUCUACAAAAAGUUUACGAACCAGGGCCCUGCAUACUUUGGCGACCUCGACGAAUCGGAUGGGAAGUUGUUGGAGUAUGAGCGUCAAGCAGAAGAAGAAGAAUGGCGAGAUGAAUAUAUGAGUGUCCGAGAAAUCCUCAACCUCCCUCUUGACGAUCCAAUACCAAAAAUGCCUCGUGGAUCAUCGGCAAGUUCAUCACCACUCCCAACAAACGGGCCAUCUCCACCUCAACCUCCAGUAAAUGCUAAACGCAAAGCGCAGGAGGAAGAUAUCGAGAUGGACACUGCGAAUGUAGAUGAAGCUGCACCUGAGCAGGCAAAACGGCUCCGCAAAGCUGAGGCGGAUGGCGCAGCGAAGGCAGAUGACAACGUCUCGAGUGGACAUACGGACUCAAUGCGCGCACAUGCGAGCGCUGCUGCUGCUUACCUAGGUUUUUUGUCACCAGAAGAUUUAAUGCCACCGACGCUUCCAACAAGAGAGGAAAUGGAGGGCGUGUUAUUGGCCCUGAGGAAACAAGCACUCGUGGAGGAGUAUUUCGGCGAGUAGCCAGAGUGUUCAUUUUUUGGCUUUGCUAUCCCCCGCCCUGAAGUUUACUCAUGUCAACAUGUUAGAUCGCAUUUUAUUUACGAAAAACUUCUUUCUUGAAGCGUCCCCCGCUCAACACACGUUGGAUCCACACACCCUUCGUCAAAGCUGUACGUCGGGUUUGGGGUUGGGGUCAAACUGGAUGACAGGUGUGUACAGCUAAGUAGCUACACCAACAUACCCUCUAGGUCAC